AUGCAAAUGAGGCACGCCCACAGCCGCCUGGAAACCGGGCCGGGAGAAGUCAGAGCCCAGAGCACAUGCUGCAGGGCCGUGCUAGGCAAAGGAGCUGGAGGAGGUGGAGGAGGCGCUGAGGGAGCAGGACGUCUCCUGCCAGACCUCCCAGUGUCUGGUCUGAGGAUGGCGGAGAAGCAGGGCCGGGAGCCGGAGUGCCCUGUGUGCUGGAACCCCUUCAACAACACGUUCCACACCCCCAAAGUGCUGGACUGCUGCCACUCCUUCUGCGUGGAAUGCCUGGCCCACCUCAGCCUGGUGACUCCGGCCCGGCGCCGGCUGCUAUGUCCGCUCUGUCGCCAGCCCACUGUGCUGGCCUCCGGACAGCCUGUCACUGACUUGCCCACGGACACUGCCGUGCUCACCCUGCUCCGCCUGGAGCCCCACCACGUCAUCUUGGAAGGCCGCCACCUCUGUCUCAAGGAUGAGCCCAAGAGCCGCUACUUCCCGCGCCAGCCCCAGGCCUACACGCUGGAACUCGGCCCCGGGCCUGGGAGCCAGACUGGGCUCCCCCAGGACGUGGCCCCUACCACCAUCCCCAGCCCCAGCCCCAGCCCCAGCCACGACUCUCGGAGGGGGUGUUUGCGCAACCCGCAGUUCCGGAUCUUUGCCUACCUGCUGGCCGUCAUGCUCAGCGUCACUCUGUUGCUCAUCUUCUCUGUCUUUUGGACCAAGCAGGUUUUUGGGGGUGUGGGGUGA